CUGUUGUCAGCCUCCGUCUAUGGUAAUGAGAGGUUGCCAGCAGAAGCAGAAACAAGGAUAUGGCCAUGAUGCAGUGGUGUGGCGUAGUAGCAAGGAGAGUUAUGAUGACGCAGCGGCCUUCUCUAACAUCUGCUUCGCCGAGUGGGGUAGCGGCGGGAGUGCCGAUCCUAUGCGGCAGGGGUGACAAGAAGACAAAGAAAGGAAAGAGAUUUAAAGGAUCGUAUGGGAACGCCAGACCAAAGAAGGAGAAGAAGAUAGAGCGUAUCAAGGAUAAGGUCGAGGUUCCCAGGUCCACCCCUUCGCCUCUGCCUUUCAAGCUCAUCUAAAAAAUUCUUUGUCUUCAAAAAAACUAUCCUUUUUCUCUUUGUAAAAGCUUUAGCUUUUGUAAAAGCUGUAAUAAUAAAGCUAAAAUUUCUCUAUGGU